UGUAUCAUUAAAACUGCAAAAUAGCGAACUGUGAUUGGUGUAGAAUAAGCAUCGCUGGAAGCAUAAAGUAUUAGGGCAUCGCCGGUAGAGAAUAUUAUCAGAGUACACAUUGAAAAAUUGAAGUUGAACUGUUCCUAGCAUUUUUCAUAUUCUCUUCAGCUAUGUCGCAGCAGGAGAUAUCUUCGAGUCGACUCAUGUCUCAAAUGAGUACGUCUUCUGUAGAACAAGAAAUCUACGAUAUUUUAACGGAAGAAGAGGAAGACGACGAAAGUUUCGAGGAAGAAACGCCGAGUGAAAAUGGCGCUCAACGCAAACCUCGUCUGAAGCGAAAAAACACGAUUACUCCGUCUGAUUAUAAAUAUAAAGUCGACUGUGCCCUCCCUGAGUACACACCACGAUUUGUUAAUGUUCCAACUGUCAUUGUGCUGGUUGGCCUACCAGCACGAGGCAAGACUUACAUGGCCAAGAAGCUUGGCCGCUAUCUCAACUGGAUAGGGAUACAGUGUAAAGUGUUCAAUGUUGGAGAGUACAGACGGAAAGCUGUUGGAAUGGAUAAGCUUCAUGAUUUUUUCAAGGUAGACAAUCAAGAAGCUCAAGCAAUAAGAAGGCAAUGCGCCAUUGAUUGUCUGAAUGACGUCAGCUCAUGGUUGGAUGAAGGCGGUCAAGCUGCGAUUUUUGAUGCCACUAACACAACUCGCGAGAGGAGAAGAAUGGUUCUUGACUAUUGCAGACGCCGAGGGUACAAGACCUUUUUUAUGGAGUCAGUUUGUAAUAACAGUGAGAUUGUCGCCAGCAAUAUUAAGGAAGUAAAGGUGUUUAGUCCAGAUUACAAGGAAGUGGACAAGGAGCAGGCUUUUAAUGAUUUCAAGGAGAGAAUCAAGCACUAUCAAGCCGCAUAUGAACCUUUAACCAUGGAGGACGGUGAUCUCUCAUUUAUCAAGAUAAUCAAUGCUGGCGAACAAUACCUUGUUAAUAAUAUUGAUGGGUACCUUCAAAGUAAAUCUGUUUACUUCCUGAUGAACCUUCAUGUGCGGAAGAGGUCCAUCUACCUUGUUAGGCAUGCAGAGUGUGAAAACAAUGUUCAUCAACUACUUGGCGGUGAUACAGACCUAACAAAACGAGGGGAUGAGUUUGCUCAAACUCUGGCUGCAUUCAUCAACGAGCAGGAUAUACCUGACCUCAAGGUGUGGACAAGCCAGCUCAAGAGAGCUGUCCAAACGGCAAAGUACAUCCAGCAUGCUCCUGUGGAACCUUGGAAGGCCCUUAAUGAGAUUGAUUAUGGAAUCUACGAUGGCCGACCUGUCAGUGACUUGAAUACCAUGGGCCCUGAUGACAUAAAAGCUCGCCACAAGAACAUGUUUAUCUACAGAUAUCCUCUAGGAGAGUCAUACAGCGAUGUCUGUGCAAGACUGGAGCCUGUCAUAAUGGAACUGGAGCGACAAAACAAUGUUGUGUUGAUAGUCCACGAGGCAGUGAUGCAGAUUAUCAUGGCAUACUUCACAAACCACACGCCAGAUGAAAUCCCAAACCUAGACAUCCCUCUGCACACAGUAUUCAAGCUAACACCAAUAGCUUAUGGGUGUCGAGUAGAAAGAUUUCCAUUGGAGGCACCUGUAAGUCCAGCAUCUCCUGAAAAGUAAAACCUCAAUUUAUUUUGUCUUCCAUGGGUAUAUACUGAUACAGUAUUAAUGCUCCAACAGAAAAUUAGGAAUGAAGCCAUGGAUUU